AUGCAGUCUCAAGCAGCUACAGAAAGGGUAUCUGCCAAUCGUUGUAUACUGUUGUCUGUUCUGAGGUGUUUAGAACUAGCUGCACGUGAAGGUGUAGCGCUGCGCGGUCACCGUGAUGACCUUACAUAUGAUCAUUCACCUCAAGGUAACUUCAUGGCGUUUGUGAAGUUUGCUAUCGAUUCUGGCAAUAUUGUCCUGAAGGAGCACCUUGAGUGUUGUUCUCGUAAUGCCACCUACAUGUCGAAAACUACCCAGAAUGACCUCAUGAAAUUGAUGGCAGAUGACAUAAUUCAGCAAAUAGUGGAUAAUGUAAAAAGUAGUCCCUUUUUUGCUGUGCUGGCAGAUGAAGUAAGAGAUGUAAGUGGGUGGGAGCAGUUGGCAGUGUCUCUUAGAUACAUGAAGGACAACAAGGCAGAAGAGAAGUUGAUUAAGUUCAUUGCUUGCAGCUUUGGGACAGGUAGUAGCAUCUGUGCUGAGAUACGGAAUGCCUUGAGGCAGCUUGGUCUUGAUGAAACACGUUGUCGAGCCCAGGCCUAUGAUGGUGCUGGUGCUAUGUCUGGCCACCUUAACGGUUGCCAGAAGAAUUUUCGAGACCAUGUACCCCGGGCACAGUACUAUCACUGCUGCAGUCACCAACUGAACUUGGCGUUGACAAAGUCUUGUAAUGUGUCUGAAGUUCACUGCAUGCUUUCCGACUUGAAGGCUGUUGGGCUCUUCUUCAAGUACUCCCCAAAACGGCAACGUACAUUAGAGCAGAGUGUUGAACAAGAAAACACCAAGCGGACAUCUGCCGGUGAAAAGCCAAUCAAAGCUCAGAAGCUAAAGCUACUGUGUGAAACUCGCUGGGUAGAACGGCAUACUGCCUUAAAAGACUUCAGAGAUAUGUACUUUGCCUUAGUCCACUGCCUCCAAGUUAUUUCAGGCCAGAUCAUUGCCACUCCAACUGCUGCCUCUAAGUACGAUGCGAAGUCUGUCACUGAGGCAAAUGGCCUCCUCCGCUCGACAACGUCAGAUUCAUUCAUCGUAGCUCUGCACUGCUGCACAUAUCUGUUCGGUUACACAAAGUGUCUGAGUGUUCUACUGCAAGGAUCGCAAUUGGAUGUGCUGGAGGCAUAUGGUGAAAUCAACCAAGUUCUAGGUCUGUUAGAAGAGAUCAGAAGUAACAGUGAGAGAGAAUUCUCUUCAAUUUUCGCCUCUGCAUCAGCAGUUACAUCCCGUGUCUUAGACCAAGACCAUCCACAAGUUCCUCGCUUAGCUGCACGACAGACACUACGCAGCAAUCAUCCUGCAUCAACUCCAGAGAGCUACUGGCGGAGAGCUGUCUUCAUUCCAUUCAUUGACAGCAUGAUCAGUGAACUUGGCAGUAGGUUCACUGACAUGAGCCAUGCAUCAGUGCAAGGACUGCUGCUCCUGCCAAAACACUGCCAGAGCCUCACUCCUCACCUCCAGGCAGCUAUUCUGAAGGCUUAUGCUCCAGAUUUGCCUGAUGACCCAACUUUCGAGGCCGAGAUACGCCGAUGGAAGAGGAAGUGGGAGUAUGCAGGUGCUGCUACCUUACCAACCAGUGUUACAGAGACGCUGGAUGCUGUGAAUGAAGUGGCAUAUCCCAACAUUGUCUGCAUUCUUCGCCUGUUGUUGAUAAUACCCGUCACCACAGCCACAGUUGAAAGAGCGAACUCUGCACUAAAGCUGAUCAAAACAGACCUGCGGAGCACGAUGGCACAAGACAGGCUAAAUGCGCUAGUGCUCAUGUUUGUCCACAAGGACUUGUCUGUCAACCAUGAGCGUGUGAUAGACUCUUUUGCGAAGGCAUAUCCGAGACGCUUGCUGUUCCUGGAUCCAACUGCUACAACAGAAGAAGCACAAUCACAGUGA